CUAUAAAAAGGUGAGGGCAGAGGCACAUCGUCAGAGCCCUGCGAGGAGCACGUCCCCAGGCACCCCAGCUGUCUGCCCGCUGCAGAGAUGGUGCAAGCGACUCCCUUCCUCCUGCUGCUCAGCCUGGCCCUGGUGGCUCCCGGCCUCUGCGCAAGAAAGUGUGUGCUGACCGGGGACUGGAAAAAUGACCUGGGCUCCAACAUGACCAUCGUGCCGAUAAAUGGAAAAGGCGAAUUCACCGGCUCCUACCACACGGCCGUGAGCUCCACGACAAACGAGAUCCAGCUGUCACCACUGGUGGGGUUCCAGAACAGCACCACCCAGAACAAAAGAACAUUACAGGUCCCACUGCUCUCUCCCCAUCUCCUGGUCACACCUCCCCUCUCUGACCCCUCCUGCCCGCUUUCCCCAUCACCGCUGUGUCCACAGAGGGUAGGGACAGCCCGGGUCUACUCUCCCCUGCACUGGGGCAGCCUGCAGGGCCACGGCUCAGCACUGACCGUGCUCCCCUCCACCUCCUGCCCUGUCCCCGCAGACUCCAUCACCGUCUUCACGGGCCAGUGCUUUGUGGAUGACGAUGGAAAGGAGGUUUUGAAGACCAUGUGGCUCCUGCGGUCCCGUGUGGGCAACAUGAAGGAUGACUGGAAAGCCACCAGGGUCGGCACCAAUGUCUUCACCCGCCUGGAGUGACAGAAGGAGAGGGGGUGUCAGCACAGGG